UGUGUAACAAAGAGAAUGGAGGAAACUCUCCUACUCAAUGAAACUUCUCUAGUGGCAUAUUUUCAGCUUAGAGGUUUAUCCGUAAAUCAGAAGAUGCAGAUGGCUGUGUUUUCCAUGUUCCUCAUUUUCUAUGUCCUGACACUGAUUGGGAACAUCCUCAUUGUCAUAACUAUUAUCUAUGACCGCCGGCUCCACACCCCCAUGUAUUUCUUCCUCAGUAACCUGUCAUUUAUUGAUGUCUGCCACUCCACUGUCACUGUCCCCAAGAUGCUGAUAGACACCUGGUCAGAGAAAAAGCUCAUCUCUUUUGGUGCCUGUGUGACCCAGAUGUUUUUCCUGCACCUCUUCGCCUGCACAGAGAUCUUCCUCCUCACUGUCAUGGCCUAUGAUCGGUAUGUGGCCAUUUGUAAACCCCUGCAGUACAUGACAGUGAUGAACUGGAAGGUGUGUGUGCUGCUGGCGAUGGCCCUCUGGACAGGGGGGACCAUCCACUCCUUAGCCCUGACUUCCCUCACCCUCAAGCUGCCCUACUGUGGUCCUGAUGAGAUCGACAACUUCUUCUGUGAUGUACCUCAGGUGAUCAAACUGGCCUGCACUGACACCCACAUCAUUGAGAUCCUCAUUAUCUCCAACAGUGGGCUGAUCUCUGUGGUCUGUUUUGUGGUCCUUGUGGUGUCCUAUGCAGUCAUCCUGGUGAGUCUGAGGCAGCAGAUCUCUGAGGGCAGGCGAAAGGCCCUGUCCACCUGUGCAGCCCACCUCACCGUUGUCACACUAUUCCUGGGACACUGCAUCUUCAUCUAUUCUCGCCCAUCCACCAGCCUCCCAGAAGACAAGGUGGUAUCCGUGUUCUUCACUGCUGUCACCCCACUACUGAACCCCAUUAUCUAUACCCUUAGAAAUGAAGACAUGAAGAGUGCCUUGAACAAGUUAGUGGGGAGGAAGAAUAGGAAAGAAGAAAAAUGAAAAUGUCUAAGUCCUUAGGAUGUUUGGCACUCCAAAUCAAAGAAAUGCCUUGCAAAGAGUAAGUUGUAUUCUGUGUUAGAUGCCAUAUUUACCAGAGUGCGUGACUUAUGAAAUCAUCCUUGGCCCAAUAUCUGACAACCACAGUGAUAGCUAUGAUUAUUAAUAUCUUUUAUAUGCUAGAAAUUGUUCUAGGCACUAUGCACCUACUUAAUUCUCACAACAACCUUGGGAGGUAAAUAUUAUUAUGCUUGUUUAUACAUGAAGAAACUAAAGCUCACAGAGAGCAAAUGGCAUGCCCAAAGUCACUCAGCUGGGCAAAGAUGCCCAUAGAAUGUGACCCCAAGGGCCUCAAAACAAACUCAAGCUAUUUCCAUUAUGUCAUGCUGCUUCCCCUUGCUUUUCUGUUAGGGUGAUAACCAAAGUCUCAACAAACCAUUAGAUUUCUGGGUAGCCCUUCCCUACAUCAUUCACUCAGAUGCUUGCAUAAACAGCUUGGCAAACACUAGUGAAUCAGAUUGAGUGCAUUUGCAUAUGAGUUUGAUGAAUGAGAAAGAAGACUUUGAAACAUUGAAGUUAUUGAUACUCUCAAAGUCUCCAAGCCAAAGCCUGCUAUCAGAGCCAUGAAAUAGGGAUGGUAUCUCAUAUUCGUAUAUAUAAAAGUGUGU